UCUCCUAUUGACGUCCUUCGUCCUGAUCGAGACUCUCCGGCAUGUCUUUCAGCACCAGAUCCUACAGCCAGUCCAUCGGCCACAAGACCAUGAGCGUCUACGGUGGAGCAGGAGGGCGUGGCACCCGUGUCUCCUCAUCCCGGAUGAGCGUCGGGCCUUUCCUCAGCCUGGGCAGCACCGAGGGGCUCGACCUGCACGUCGACGCCAACGAGAAGGCCACCCUGCAGAACCUGAACGACCGCCUGGCCUCCUACCUGGAGAAGGUGCACAAGUUGGAGAAGGAGAACCUGCAACUGGAAAAGCAGAUCAGAGAAUGGUACGAGAGCAAAACUGUGACCACCCAUGACUACAGCAACUACUUUGUCACCAUCAAAGAGCUGCAGGACAAGAUCUAUGCUGCCUCCAGGCUCAACGCCAAGACCAUCCUGGACAUCGACAACGCCAAGCUGGCCGCUGAGGAUUUCAAGAUGAAGUAUGAGACCGAGCUGAACAUGAGGCUGGCUGUAGAGGGCGACAUCGCUGGACUCAAGAGGGUGCUGGAUGAAAUGAAUAUGGCCAGAAUGGACCUGGAGCUUCAGUACGAGUCACUGAAGGAUGAGCUCAUCAUGCUGAAGAAGAACCAUGAGGAGGAGCUGGGGCUGCUGAGGAACCAGAUCGGUGGCCAGGUGAAUGUGACUGUGGAUGCUCGUUCCUCUGUAGACCUGAACCAGGUCAUGAGCGAGAUCAGGGAUCACUACGAGGCUCUGACCGCCAAGAAUCGCAAAGACGUGGAGUUGUGGUACCAGAAUAAGAUGUCAGUCGUGGAGGUGGAAGUUAAAGAAAGCUCAGACACUCUGAUGACGCAACAAACAGAGAUUAAAGACCUGAAGUCCACCCUGCAGAGGCUCGAGAUUGAACUGCAGUCCCAGCUGAGCAUGAAAACAUCUUUGGAUGGAACCCUGUCAGAGACUCAGGCCCGCUUCGCCGCACAACUAGCCAAUCUCCAGAUCCAAGUCACAAACAUCGAGGUUCAGUUAACCCAGAUCAACGCCAGCAUCACGUCUCUUGCUCAGGAGUACAGCGUGCUUCUGGACCUGAAGACCCGCCUGGAGAACGAGAUCAAAGAGUACAGGAGGCUGCUCGAUGGAGAAGACGAGAGCUCAAAACACGUGAUCACAAAGGUGAUUACUGUGAAGGAGACCGUCGUUGAUGGAAAGGUUGUUAAAUCCAGCAAGAAUGUUGAUGUGAACGUGGGUCAAGUUCAGUGAAAUGUUGAACCCAUCAGCAAAAUCCAAUAAAAACCUUGCAAUUGAAA